GUGACGCGGCGCCCUUUGACCUCACGAUAAGGGCCUUUCAGUUCAGAGAUGGCAUCCGCUAGGAUAGUCGCUCUUUUAGGGCUCCUUGCCUUUAUGGACGCGUGUUCACCCUCCACAGUGCCGACGUGUGAUUCAGGAUGUGCAAGAGCGCGGAGAGAUGCAGAGGUGGCAGGAGAAAAAGAUGUGGCCUCCCAAUUGCGUGCACUUGUGGAGCACUACAAGGGCGACGACCCCGUUGGCCUUCCAGGGGCCCCAAUUCCAGAUCCUGUAGACGUCCCUGACAUGAAAAGAUCAUUUACUGUCACCUCUAUGGACUUUAAAAAGGUCAAAGUUUACGGACUUUCAAAGUUUCGCUUCCAUCGAAUUAAACUUGACUUAGCGGCUUUGCAAGCUGAGGUUGGAGUGAAGAUUAGCACCCUGUUAAUGGCCGGUCAGUACACGAUUGGCGGGUGGUUUUCGCGUAGCACUGGGCCCUUCACGGUCACACUGAAUGGGGUGCUUGUUGAGGGUGUAGCGUCGCUUGAAGUUGACCGACAAGGUCAUCUUGAGGCGCAACAAAUUCACCUCGACAUUAAAUUCGAGUCAAUCAAACUCGACUUCCAAAAUCUCGGCGGAGCUGCUUAUAUUUUCCAGGGAAUCAUCAAUUCUGUUGGAAAUUUCCUGUUUGACUCUGUCAAGCCUUUCAUCCUCUCGGAAGUGAAUCAGCGUCUGCUGGCCGUCAUCAAUCAGAACAUAGGUCAAAUUCCUCAAACCUUCCCUAACUCGAUCCCGCCCCUGGACAUGGCCAUUGCUGAAAUGCGUCGCGAAGUUCGUGUACGAGGCCUUGACCCUUAUCUCGUGCGCAACCAGAGUUUGGAUUACGGUGGCGCGGCCCUUGCGGUUUCUCACCUGCACAUGUCAGGUCUCUCUUCGUUUUACAGAGUCGGAGACGUAUCCAUAGAAGUCUUGAAUCAUACCGCAAAUGCAACUUUGCAGGUUGCAACUCAGCGAUUGAAAGGUGCUUGCAAUUGGCACGCAAGUCUUGGCUGGUUUUCCAGAUCAGGUCGAGCAGAGUUUUGGGCCGAUUACCUGCAAGCCAGGGUCAGUCUCCUUCAGCCGCUAAAUGUGCAGAGACGUCCCCGCAUCGAACGGCUGCAGAUGACGGUCGGCAACCUGCAAACCAGGGUCCACGGCUCAGGGACGCUUGACUACGUCGCUGAGUUUGUGCUCAACGUGCUGCCCAACAUAAUCAGGUACCAGUUGGUCAGUUUAGCCGAGGAACCCUUGAGGCAGAAAAUCCAGGACUAUUUAGAUCAAGUGGACGUCGAGGAGCUGAUCGUGCAGCAAAUCGAGGCGAUGGAAAAAGGCGAGUUGGAGCAGGGUCAAAAAGACGCAGCGCCGCAGGAGAACAACCAAGUGGUGGACGAGAUCGCGUACGACGAUUAAUUGUUAAAUUAAACCAAUCGUAUGUCGCUAUGCAUUUAUUGUGCUCAAAAGAUUCUCCUCUGUAAUAAUAUACCACAUAAAUAUACGUUUUUGGAGGUUUCCUUUGUUCGUAUGAUAAAUAUUAAUAAGCGUCAUUUUCAAGAGUUAUUUAUUUGUGUUGAAAAUAAUGUAGUCAGUUAAUAAAAAUUGUUAGAAAAUUUUAUGAGGUCAGUUGACACGCAAAUCAAAGCGGUGCCUUUUAUGGCGUUAGUUUAUCAAAUUAGGCUCAAGAGGAUGGUACAUUGCGUGACCCUAAUUCCUAUAAACUUGAUGGUUGUACAGACCUGACACAGACCAAAUAAAAAAUAAUAAUAUAAAACCAGUGUUUCAUAAUAUAUUUUUAUUCUAUUUU